GAAACCAAUGAAGAAAAGGCAACAACCUCUUCUAUGCUUGGUACAACCAGUGCAGUGAAGACAUGUCCUGACAAGGAGUUUGAGGAAUCUUCAGUGGAACCUCCGUCAGUGAAACCUCCGUCAGUGAAGAGACCUUGGUUGUCUCACGCGAAGUCACCGGAGUAUACCAUAUACCAAGAUACAGAUGUUGACUUUGCGGCUAAAUCAGGAACAAUACCGGUUGAGCUACGACAUAGAAUCAUACGAGGAACAAUAAAUAAUAUGGUCUCUGUUGCUUACAGUCCUCCGUGGAAUCGCCAACCUACCAAUAAUGAGAUAUUAGAAAUGGCUAAAAGCAUAAUAAUAACCUAUCCUCCAUUAAAAGAUCCGGAAACUAAACAUGGAGUCAUAUUUAAACAGCUGAAAAAACGGCUGUACAAUGUGAAGCCAGCAACUAAAGAGUCAAAAAAAGGAAAGCAAGGGAAAAAAAAAGUGCUGAAGCAAAGCAAAAUCACCACUGAUGAUGAUGACAUAAGUGUACAAAGCGAUUGUUCAAGUAAACAAAAAUCACAAAGUCCUUGCCCGAAGAAUAUAGUUUUGGAAGACUCAGAUGACACAUAUAUUUAUGAUGAUGAAUCUGAUGUUGAUGAUAGUACCGAUAGUCCCAACAUUAUGUUAAGGCACUACAAUGCCUUAAUAAAAGA